AUGACUUCACCGGACAUUGAUGCAUUGUCUCGUGCCUAUGGCCGCCUUACUCUCGGGAAGCUCGCUCCCAAACAUAUUGAAUUUUUCACGGCGGACAACUAUCAAAGUCUUGAUGUCUGGCACCGGGAUCGCGAGGACCUAGUACGAAAUGCCAUUCCACCUAUUCCAGAACAUCUCAAAGUGUACGCUCUUUUUGCUGUACUGAAAGAGGACGCUCGCGACAAAGUGAGUGAAUUGCAACCAAAGACAAGAACAAUUAUGACAAGAUAG